GGCCGAGCCAUGGAGGCGGCGGCGGAGGAAGGGGGGACCGCGAUGGAGACAGAGGAGACGGAGCGGAGGAAGGCGCUGUGCGCCCAGUUCGCCGCCAUCACGGGCUGCAGCGCGGCGGUGGCGUGCGGCGCCCUGGACGGCCACGACUGGCACCUGGAGAGGGCGCUGAACGCCUACUUCGAGCCGCCGCUGGAGGACAAGGACGAGGGAGGCAGGGAGCCGCCGCCACGGAUGGACCCGGGGGGCUGUAUUGACCUCACAGCAGAUGCUACUACUAGUAAUGUCAGUGACGCUGGUGCAGACUCAAGGCAACAAGAUGAUGACAGCAGCUUCUCACUGAUAACCUGGAACAUUGAUGGGCUGGAUGACAGAAAUCUACAAGAGCGAGCUAGAGGCGUCUGUUCUUACCUGGCAUUAUACAGUCCAGAUGUCGUGUUUUUACAGGAGGUCAUCUUACCGUAUCUUUGUAUUCUACAGAGUAGAGUAGCCAGUUACACUGUUAUUCCAGGUAAUAUAGAUGGCUAUUUCACUGUCAUUCUGUUGAAGAAAUCAAGAGUGAAAUUACUAAAUCAAGAGAUAAUACGUUUUCCAACAACGUCCAUGAUGAGGAACCUUUUGGUUGUGCAUGUGAGCAUAUCUGGUAAUGAACUUUGCCUUAUGACUUCUCAUCUGGAGAGCACUAAAGAUCAUUCCAAGGAGCGUGUGAAGCAACUGCAAAUAGUGUUAAACAAAAUGCAGAAGGAGUCUGAGUCCACCACUGUUAUAUUUGGAGGGGAUACAAACCUCAGAGACAGCGAGGUUACUAAGCUAGGUGGCUUACCUAACAACGUCAUGGAUAUGUGGGAGUUUUUGGGUAAACCUCAACACUGCCGCUAUACCUGGGACACAAGCUCCAAUACUAACCUGGGCAUAGCGAGUAAUUGCAAGUUGCGCUUUGAUCGUGUUUACAUUCGGCCUGCAGCAGAAGGAGGAAAUAUUAUUCCACGAAGUAUGGACUUGAUUGGAUUAGAAAAACUAGACUGUGGCACAUUCCCUAGUGAUCACUGGGGUCUUUUGUGUAACUUUGAUGUGAUAUUAUAAGAAAGAAAAAGGAUUGUAUUGUUCGGUUUUAAGGGACUUGUUCGUGUUUUAACAAAAUUUUACUCUCUGAAUUUAAGUAGGAAAUAUUUAAAUUUUCAACCAUAGCGAAUUCUCUGCUUUUGAAUUUUGCUGGAAUGUCUUCAUUUAAUGCCAGGUUUCCUUUUUCCUUACUGUAUUCAUCUGUUCUUGAAUCAUGUUUUUAAACAUUUGUUUUUAACAAAAACACAGUCCAGUCUUAAAACAGGAGGAAAAAGAUAAAUAAAAUUCCUAAAUCACUAGGUGAUUUACAAGGCGCUUUUAUUUUGUCAUGUAACAUAAUCCCAUAAUAAAUGCUGCUUCUUUU